AUGGUGACCAGGUGCCUUCCCUCCUGUUGUGCUGCUGGUGGCACUAUGGCGAGUGCCGCUCCCUUCCGUACUUCUUCCUCUGCUGGCGGCGCCAGACGGGCGAGCGGGACCCGCUGCUGUCCCUCUUCUCUCUGUGUCUUGGCUGUACCGGCGAGCGCCCCACGCUGCUGUGUUCCCCUUGCUGCUGUCAACGGCGCUCCUCCGACCAACGCUCCUCUCCGUGCCUUCCUUCCGGGCGCCCGUGUGGCUCAGGUGAGUGCGACUCCUCCCUCCAUCUGCCGCCGCGCGCCUGCCUCUGCUUCGGCGAAUGCAUGCCGCCGCCGCUCCAGCCUCCCUGCUCUUGUCGCCUAUCAUACUGGCGGAGGUCGCCCACGCCCCAUUCUUCGUGGUGCUGAUCCUUGUCCGGCGUGCGCGACCGCUCCGCCUUCCCUUUGCCAAGCUGCCUUCGCGCCAAUGCGUCUCGAACGCCCUUGUCUGGUGUCACUCGCUCCUGGUGAACGAGACCCCCCUUCGGUCAUUGCCGCCAAUGUCUCCUCCCCGCCCCCGGGGAAGUUCCCCGAAACCACGCCAACGCCCUCUCUUGUCACGGCGCCCUUGUUCCACGCCCUCUCUGGCCAUUCGUGCACGCUCAGCCCCUUACGCCAAGCUGCCACCCCUGGCCCUGCUCUCCAGCUGCUCUCCGUGCGUCUCUCCCGAGUGUUCUUACUGACCCUCCUCCCUUCCUGCCCAUUCCCAUCGCCGUGCCGGCAACUAGUGACACUGCUCCCAUUCCCUUGGGCCAGCGUCACGCGGCUGACGUCUCGCUGGGGGUGGCGACCACUCCUCCCUUCCCUCCCCUUGCUGCCAUAUGCCAUGCAGCGAGCGGCCUGCUUCUUCCCGCCUUCCCCUCGCCAACCGCGCCGGUCGGGCGACCGCGACUCUCCCCUGGGCCCUUCCCCCCACCGCUGCCGCCUGCGCGGUGAGCGUGAUCCUCCCUUCCGGCGCCCCUCCCAGUGCCGCUGCGUCUCUAGCAAUGGAUGCUCCCCGCCACGGCUUCCUCCAUGUGCCUGGGGUCGAGCCACCGAGCGGACCAUAUUCUUCUCCACCCCUCUCCGCCUUCCUUCCGCAUCCCCGUACCGCUCAGCCCUCGGCGGCGGUUCUCUUGACAAGCGCGAGCUUCUGUUGGAUGCACGUCAUCCCGAGUGCAUGUCAUCCUAA